UCCUUCUCCCGACACGACUCGAUAGCCCGAUUGGCCUCGCCCGUGUCGCGCCAGGUGCCCACGCCGCGUGAGCUGCAGACGGGCGACCAACCCUCCUCCGAGACGCGCACGCCGCUGGCCGGGCUGGGCGACUCGGCCAAGUCAUCACUGCCAGGCCCCGGGCAAUCAGCUCUCGCCGACGCCCUACGGGGUUCCUUCUCUGGCAGCCCGCCCAACUUUGGUACGCCCCCGCAACGGCCCUUGUCGCCCGUCAGCCAGGUCUCGCAGGGCCUUGGGGCGCCCCGGACCAACUAUGGCUCCUUUGGCUCCGGACAGCCCGGCAGCGCCGCCAUGGCCGGCAGCCCUGGCGGGCGCCUGGAAGACCACGAGGUGGUGCGGCGGCAUCUGGUCGGCCCCGGCGGGAACAACUCGUCGUCGAACCUGGCCGGGGGCACCUACGGCUCGCCGAAGCGGAGCUCGAACAACGGCGUGUGGCAGAGCACCACGGCGCGCGACGAGGAAGAGGAGUUCUCCAGCCUGCAGCUGCAGGGCGGAGACAUUACGCGCCAAAUCUACCGGUGGACGGAGCAGCAGGAGGCGGCGGCCAAGGGGUCGUAUAGGAGAAGUCGCAGCUUCGCCGCUCCUCGCCCCGACCCCAACGAUCCCGCCUCGGACAUCGGCUCGAUCAAGCAGCCCGGAGGCUUCCGCAGAAACUACAUCAGGCGGACCGCGGCCAGUCCGUCACCCGGCCCUUCGACCGGCGGUCGCGGCGGCCCUGCGGCGGCGGCGAGGCAGCCCAAGGUCUUCACGAACAACUUCCUCGAAUUCCUGAGUUUGUACGGACACUUUGCCGGUGAAGAGCUCGAGGAGGACGACGAGGCGCUGGGCCCCGACGAGUACUUCUCGUCCGAGUAUGAAGGGGAGAGCGCGGCCGAGUCGAGCGAUGACGAGGGCCGGCAGCCGGGCGAGCACAGCGCCCUGCUGACGCCGAAGAAGAAGAGGAAGCACCGGAAAGAGAGGACCGAGGGCAAGGGAAGCCCGUCGGGCGCGGCCAUGCUGCUGCUCAAGUCGUUUGUCGGCACGGGCGUGCUGUUCCUGCCGCGCGCGUUCCUCAACGGCGGCAUGCUGUUCAGCAACGUGCUGCUGCUGUUCGUGUCGGCGCUGAGCUACUACUGCUUCGUGCUGCUGACGACGACGCGGUUGCACGUGCACGCCUCGUUCGGCGACAUGGGCUACCAACUUUACGGCAAGUGGAUGCGCAACCUGAUCAACGCGUCGCUGGUCAUCAGUCAGAUAGGCUUCUCGUCGGCGUACAUUGUGUUUGUGUCGGAGAACCUGCAGGCGUUUGUGCUGGCCGUGUCCAAGUGCAAGACGUUCAUCGACAUCAAAUGGAUGAUUCUGAUGCAAAUGGUCAUCUUCCUGCCCCUCUCGCUCUACCGCAACAUCAACCACAUCCAGAAGCUGGCACUCGUGGCCGACGCCUUCAUCGUGCUCGGCCUCGUCUACCUGUACUACUUUGACAUCAUCACGCUGGCGGGCCAGCACGGCGUGGCCGACAUAGUGCAGUUCAACAGCAAGGACUGGACGCUGUUCAUCGGCACGGCCAUCUUCACGUUCGAGGGCAUCGGGCUGAUCAUCCCGAUCCAGAGCAGCAUGAAGGAGCCGUCGCGGUUCCCGCGGGUGCUGGCCAUGGUCAUGAUCGUGGUGACGGUGAUUUUCGUGACGUCGGGCGCUCUGGGGUACGCGGCGUACGGGUCCAAGACCAAGACGGUCGUCAUCCUCAACAUGCCGCAGGACAACAAGUUUGUCAACGGUGUGCAGUUCAUCUACUCGCUGGCGAUUCUGCUGUCGACGCCGCUGCAGAUCUUCCCGGCCAUUGAAAUCUCGUCGCAGCAGCUGUUCAGCCGCACGGGCAAGUUCAACCCGUACGUCAAGUGGAAGAAGAACAUCUUCCGCUUCUGCAUGGUCAUCUGCUGCGCCCUCAUCGCGUGGGCCGGCGCCGGCGAGCUGGACAAGUUUGUCGCGCUCGUGGGCAGCUUUGCGUGCAUUCCGCUCGUGUACAUUUAUCCUCCAAUGCUCCACCUCAAAGCCGUCUCGCGCACAACCCUCGCCCGCGUCGCCGACAUCGGCCUCUGCGUCUUCGGCUUCAUCGUCAUGGCCUACACAACCAUACUGACCAUCUCGAGCUGGAUUGCCGGCGGCGACGUCAAGACGCCCGGCUACUGCGACGACAAGUAG